GAGUGGAAACCAUAGAGAUAGUAAAAAUAUAGAAUGACUAAAACUCUGCCUCACAUAUGGAAGACCCGGGCUCCCUUUGGUCAGAGAGUGGCGUCUCCCAAUGGGAUCCUGGGAUUUGUAGUUUGACCAGGUCUUUUUAGCCUCCUCUGCCAAAGAGCGCCGGUGGUGCCUCAGGAAGCUACAAAUCCCAGGUUUUCGGUUAGGAUGGAGCCAUGGCAGUUGAAAAUGCAUUAUGUCUACAGCGCAACCAUCAAGGUGUAUCCAAAACCGGGCUAUUGGUAUUGGGGGGUGCUAACUGGGGAAAUGCGCCGCUCUUUGAUUUCUCUCUAUGAUACAGGGCUUCCCUGUUGUUGCUUUUCUGGACGCUCUGCAGUCCCGCCCGCUCUCAUCUCUAUGGUUGGGCGGGCUUCCGGUAUCUGUAAGUGACAUCAUCCUGAAGAAAGCAGGCUGAGAAGCUGUAGCUUACAGUUCUAGCUUUAUAUCUAGCACAACCCCGCAUCAGCAUGAACCAUGGUCCCCAGUUGAUUGCCUUCACUCGUGCCCAGGAGGAAUCGGAUCUCUGGAGAGAUGGACAUGUCCAGAAGAAAAGCAGAAGGGGAUCUUCUGUUGCUAGUCAGGAGGAAGGGAAUGCAUCUGGAGAAGCAGUUCGCAGCUUCUAUGAGAACCUGGUGCUUCCAAGUGGUCCUGGGAGACCCUCACAGAGGAAACGCAAGGUGCACUGCAUACGCCUCCAACCGGUACAAGAGACUCCUCAGGCUCAGAGCAGAGAGACAGACUCCCGUCAAGGGAAUCGGCUCCUGAAAGCUGCCCAAGAAGGCAACCUGAGUUCUCUGCGGACACUGAUAGAGAAGGAAGAAUGUGACAUCAACUACAGAGAUAGCUAUUACUGGACAGCCAUGAUGUGCGCAGCUUAUGCUGGCCGUGAGGAGGCUGUGAGAUAUCUUCUGAGUUGCGGCGCUGCCUGGGUGGGGGUUUGUGAAACGCAAGGCCGGGAUGCGAUGGAUCUGGCAGAGGAAGCAGGCCACCAGAAAGUGGUGGAUGUCCUACGGGAAAGUGAAAGGCCCCAAGUGAAGGAGGAAUUUCCCAGUCCUCAGGCACCAGUUGAGAAAAAGUACUGUGCUGUGUGUCAGGCCCACUACAGUGAGGACACCGUGGCUCUCCACGAACGCUCCACUGCCCACCUUUUCAAUCGGCGUGAUCCACUACCCCCCACGCGCUACCACAUCCCUGAGAACAAUGUAGGUUACCAGCUGAUGGUCAAAGGAGGCUGGGAUCGGGAAGCUGGUUUGGGGCCUGAGGGUGCUGGCCGCAAAUUCCCCAUCCAGACUCUGCUCAAGCGUGACCAGAAAGGCCUGGGCUUUUGCAGCAAUCUCAAGCCCAAGGUGACCCACUUUGAUGCCAAUGACCCCAGCGCUGUGGAAGCCAGGAAGGAAAGGCCCAGGAGGGAACGCGCAGCAACCGUGGGGAAACGAGAGUCCCGGCGCCGGGAGGCAAAGGCUGCAGCGUGGGAGCGCAACCUCCGUACUUACAUGAACCUUGACUUCUAAACUCUCCUUUGAUAGUGGAUUAGCAGGUUGGGUACAUGAUGGCAAAUUCCUUGUUUGGUGUAAUUGGGAAAGGAAUCUAAAAUAAAACUGCCACUAUCAUAACUACCUAUAAUUCAAUCACAUUUGGAAUACUCUCUAUGUUUUUAGUCACUGACCCUUAGAAAAGGAUGUUAUUUAGUUGCAAAAGAUGCAGAAAAUGGCAACCCAAAUAAUCAGGAGGCUGGAACAAAUCUCUUGUGGGAAAAAGGUGCAGCAUUCAGGUUUUGCUUAGACAAAAGUCAAGUCAGAGGAGUCAUGACAGAAAUGCACAGAAUUAUUCAUGCUAGAGGCUUGUCCCUCUCUGUCAUAAUACUGGUACCCAAGUUCAGUGAUAGGAGAUUGAGGACAGAAAAGACAUACAUGAGGGAGCUCCUCUCUAUUAUAUGUUUGCUUGAAAACUGAGGUCUGCUGGGAGUGUUCCACUGUGUGAGGACAUGGGGGAGCUUUGGCAUCCCAGCUGUGGAAUGCCCUCCAUUUGGAGGCCCAAUUGUGACCAACAUUGACUUCAUUUAAGCACCAAGUAAAGUCAUGGCUGUUAAUUAAAGCUUUUGGGGCCUAAACAAUUCACUCUAAAAUGGUUAUGCAGAUGGUUUUAAACUGUUUUAACCUAACUUGUUAAGGUGCUUCCUAUGCUUUUAGUCUGUUUAAAGUAUUUUUUGUUGUUUUAAUUUGUUUAUAAUGAUUUAAUUUGUACACUGCUCUGAGAUCUCAUGCUAAAGGGCAGAAUAUGAAUAUUUAAAUUAAAGACAUGUCAUCACGCACACCA